AUGUCUGAUGAACAAGGUACAUCACAAGAAGCAUUAUAUGAGUUAAAAGACGGAAGUAAUUUAGAAAUUGUUGAACUACAAUGUGAAAAGGGUCUUCAAGAGGAAACACCAGUCCUAUAUGACGCAAAUAGCGAUUACCAAAAUGUUUCUUGUAUGGAAAUUGUCGACGAAUCAGGGAAGAGCAAUGUGCUGGAUUUGCUUAACAUGACCCUCAUCAAAUGUUACACCGCAGAGGGUGAAUCCUAUCGUUUGGUGGCGAGCAAUUCUGAGUGUGACGACUCGGAGGCAGUGACGUGUAUAUUGUCAAACGAAGGAGAUGAUCAAGAACAAUUUGUGAUUGUGGACGAAAAUGAUAUAUAUCUACAAGACGAAUAUGCUGAAAACGAUGAAAAUCCAAAAACAGAGACCGUGGUAAGUAAUAAAUUUUAUCGCGAUGAUUUAGUUUCUAGUGCGACCUUCACCCCUGAGAACCAGCAACCGAGCCCGGAAUGGAUAUUGGAAAAGGCGAAAGCGUAUCAGCAAUCGAAGUCUCUUCUAGCCAGCCUUCAAAGGCGUGAAAGUAAAGGCCGCAGACGCAAAGGUGAACUGCCACCUCCACACGAAUUACUAACAUCCCCGACUUUCAAAUUGUAUCUGUAUUCGUGUAAAAUGUGCAAUUUUAAAUGUAAUGCGAUUAAGGAGUUGCAGGCGCAUCGGGCCGCUGAACAUAUUGGCGGGAAUUCGUACCGCGGUAGAAAUUCUACAAUAGCUCUGCAAUGUCCAAAGUGUCCAUACAGGGCACACACUCAUGGCCAGCUGUCAAAACACAUAACUCAAAAUCACGUUAAACGCGAGACGGAUGUGACCUACAGCGAAGCGAUAAAUUUGGACACAGACGAAGUAAAUGCAGCCGAUGUUUUGGUCUGUGGCGCGUGCGGGUUCGAAUCCCCGUCGAAGGAGGUUUUCCGAACUCACAUACAGACGGAGCAUGGCGCUAUGGCUUGUUAA